AUGGUUGUCGAGUUCCAAGCUCUGCUUCAAAACCAAACCUGGGUUUUGGUACCUUCCUCUUCUGAUUUUAACGUUCUUGGUUCCGAAUGGGUCUUAAAAACCAAGCGUAAGUCUGAUGGCACUCUUGAGCGUCGCAAGGCACGCCUUGUGGCCAAGGGUUUCCAUCAACAACCCGAGCUUGACUACACCAAAACAUUCAAUCCUGUAGUCAAGCCCGUCACUAUCCAUCUUAUCAUUUCCCUUGCAGCUGCUUCCAAAUGGUUGAUCAAUUGGAUAUCUAGAAUAAGUAUUUACACAGAGACCUUGAAGAAGAUGUUUACAUGCAACAGCCACCCGGGUUCGUGA